UGUAAAAUCUUGGCGGGUAACAUUGACGGUAGAGAGGUUUAGCUUCGGAAUGAAGGAAGUGAUUACGGGAAUAAGAUUAGACGAUCAUGCUAAAGAGUUGCUUGAUUGGGAGCUUGUCAAGGUUGCUGAUUCUGGAGAUAGUGUUGUGGCUAUUCAUGUUUGUCGAAAUUCGGGUAAUCCGUUUUCCUUUGCUUUUCUGAACCCUUCAUGUUUUAGCUCGAAGUGUUCGGUUGCAGAUUCUGUUUCGAAUGAGAAAAUAAUGUUGGAUGGUUACUUGAAAGACUAUGAAGGUUUAUGCAGCGAAAAACAUUGUUCCAGUAUUGAAAGAAAAUUCGAUCAGAAAAAAGUUAUUUUGGGGAUAACUAAGCAUGGUAGCAUAAGAAUCAUUUUGCUUCGA